AUGUCGCGGCGCCAAUUGACAGUGUUUGAAACUUGUGUGACGCCAUUGCGACAAGACCCAACAACUGCUGUUUAUUGUUGUUUUUCCUCUAUACAGAAACCCGACACGAAAGGCUACUCCAGAAGAAGGCGAUCCAGCGAAAUCGCCGAAGUCGAAAACUCUCCGAAGAGGAGAAGAUCGAGCGAAUCUGCCAACAUUACCUCACAAUUCGAUCGACCGUUUUCACCUGCCACGCUUGCAAGAAAACUUGAUGAGCUACGUGAAGAUAUUCUGUCAGAUGCCGUGGACCAGCUGUCGGCUGUUGAACUGCGUGGUUUCGACAACGAGGUAGAGACGGAGGAGGAAUACAUGAGGAGGCGUGAAGAAGUACGUCGUCAGUUAAGCAAUCCUGAUGGUUUUGAUGCAAACGGAAGAACAGAACUGAACUAUGAUGCUGCUGCUGUAGCAGGCGCAAAACUGUUGAUCGAUGAGACACGAGCAACGAGAAGCAUGUGUAAGAAACUUUUGCGAAUGACUGGGGGAAUCCGACGAAGAUGA